UGUUCUGGCUUGUGACAUCUGUUGUCUUGUUGUUUUUUUGUUUGGUUUCUUUAUUUUUUGUGGUCUUCUUUUAAAGACAUCUGUGCUUUCCUGUCGGUGUCCUGUUUAAAUGCAGUGGGUUGCUUUGCCAUUUACGAGAUCGCUUCAGGGGAAGGUCUGUGCAUGUUUUACUGCUCUUGCAGAAGAUGACUCUGAUCCCAGGGUUCCUCGCUAGGGCGGGAGGCAGCAGUCCUGUCCUCGUGUUCCAAAUGGCAGCUCUGGCAAUGCUGGUGUCAGAACACAGCAUGCUUGAAAUCAUUUAUGCAUCUACCACGAAGUACCUGGAAGAAGGCAAGAGCCUGAAUUUGAACUGCCUCAUCGGGCACCAGCAGAAUGAAUCGUCCCAAAUCGAGGCUCACUGGUAUAAAAGAGCAAAUAAGCAAAACGAGACUGCGUUUGGGGAGGAGGUGGAAAGCUUGCACCUUUCACAAAACUCGGACCCCAGGGCUAAAGUCACAUCCUCACUGCUGCUGCAGAUCCAGAAAGUCAACCAGUCAGACAGCGGCCGCUACCAGUGCAGGGCCAAAAUAAAGAACACUGUCCUGACUGCUGUGGGCCACUUCAUCAGGGUGAAUGUAACAGAUGUGAACAUUGUCAAUUCCACGGAGAGGACAGAGGUUGACCUGGAAGAGAACAAAGCUCUGAGGGUGGAUUCUGGGCUGGAGAAGAUGUGGGCUGUGGUCAUGGUAUCCUGGAUAAUUGUGUGUGUCAAAGGACUCAUACUGUGAAGACCCUGUGAAGUCUGAGCUGCUUUGCUUAAACAAGCUAAUGUUCCUGAGAUGCUGUAAGAGCAACUUCGUUCCAUGGCACGUGAUUUGUCUGGGAUUCACGUGGUGCUUCAUGGACACUUCAAAGUUCUGGGGGAUUUAUUUCUGGACUUCCUUGUACUGGUUCAUUGGGAUUAUUCAUUUUACCUGUUAACCCCAUCUACCUCCUAGGGAAAGAAGAAUAAUUUCUACACGACUUUUCUAGUCCUGGAAUUGAAAUUUUCUGACAUCAAUGUCAGUUCUUCCAGGUUUUGCCUUCAUUGAGGCAACAGAUUUCUCAGCAUUGUGCUCUUUGAAAUGAAGAGAUGGUUUCUUUCCAGCUGUACUUUCUGGGACCUGCCUCCCAUGCAGGGAGGGUUUUUCCUUUCUUCUACAGCUCUCUAUGCAAAGAAGGAUAUCCUGUGUUCCUCUCUCCUCUGAAACAUCUCCUCACAUCCUUCUAGUCCAUUCUCUGUGCUCUUCAGUUUGCUCUGAGAAAGAUGCAAAUAUUCUCAUUGGUAUGAGCUUAAGGCAGGGGAGCAGGAAUGAAGUCAGUGUCAAACUCACUCUUCUGAAAAAAGAAACCAAAAUCAGUUGAGAUGUUUUACCCUAACUCUGGGAUGUUUUGAAAGGUUAUUUUGUCUACAACCCUUUAACAGUGCUGUGUCCCUCUCCUCUUUUCCAAGUAUUUAUAUAAAUUUGCCUUUUGUCAAAGGACUUCUCUCUCAGGACUUAAAAUUUGGCACCAAAUGACAAAGGGAAGAUUGUGACAUCUGUAUCUGUUUCAGUAGUGACUAAAGCUUGUCUGAUGAGCACUUCUGAUCUCUGCCAUGUUUUUCGUACUUGGACAUGUUUGUAACAUUUUUGAAUGUCAAAGCAGACACAUAUCUUUUAAAUAAAUAAAUCAAGUGAA